GAAACCAGGCCUUGUUCGGAGGGGCUUCAUCAGGAAAACGACACGCUUCGGACUGCAGUCCUUCGAAAACGUGUCUCUACGAUUUCCACGUGAAGAACGGCGGGAAAAUGGUGAACUUUGCGGGUUACUUGAUGCCUCUGCAAUACGGAAGCGUGGGGAUUGCUGAAUCCCAUCGACACACCAGGGAACAUUGUUCUCUGUUCGACGUGUCACACAUGUUGCAGCAAGUGGUGACAGGGAAACAUGCCGCGGAUUUCUUGGAGUCGCUGACUGUCGGCGACUUGAAGGAGCUGCAGAUUGGCGAAGGAACUCUGUCACUGUUCACCAACUGCAGAGGCGGCAUAAUUGACGACCUCAUCUGUAAUCGCAUC